UCUCUGCAAUUGAGUUUUUUGUUUUUUAUUUUCUGUGUUCUUUCUUCGGAGAAAAAAGAGAGAAAUUUAGUGGAAUGUUGAAGGUUUUUGGCAUGAUUUCCUGAUAAGGGGUUUUAUUUUUAGUUGAUUUCUGAUAAGGGGGUGCUAUUUACAGUUGAAGAAGAGGAGGAAGAAUUUUUUUUUUUUAUUGGGUGAAGUCAGAAGUGGGUUUUUGAAGUUCAUCAGAGCUGCAGGUAAUCUCCAAGUGCUAUAAGCGGAUUAUUAUUGUGGUCUGAAAAGCUUUGGUUAAUUACCUUUUGAUGCAGCUGGAAGUAGGGACUUUUCUUUACAUUGAAACUUCAAUAGUCAAAUUAGAACUUCACCAUGGGAAGUAGUGAAGCUGAGACAACGCCAUCCAAGUCUGAAAAAGAGUCUUCGCCUACUACACAAGAGCAGACUAGCAUGCCCGCGUAUCCUAACUGGGCAGCGAUGCAGGCUUAUUAUCCUCCUGGAAUGGCUAUGCCUCCUCCUCCAUACUAUAAUCCCGCAGUUGGAUCAGGUCAUCCUCCUCCCCCUUUUAUGUGGGGCGCACCUCAGGGUAUGAUGCCGCCAUAUGGGUCACCUUAUGGACCAAUUUAUGCACACGGAGGUGUUUAUGCCCAUCCUUCAGUUGCUCCUGGGGCUCAUUCUCAAGGUCCUACAGUUUCAGCAUCUCCUGUUGGAGGCGAGGCCACGGUGGCUACUCCUCUGAGUGUGACAACACCUGCGAAGUCAUCAAGUAAUAAAGAACAGGGUUUAAUGAAGAAGCUGAAAGGGUUCGACGGGCUUGUAGUUACACUAGGAAAUGGUGAUGCGAAUGGUGGGAGUGGUGAUAUGUCACACAGCGGGGACUAUAAGACUGAUGGUUCCAGUGAUGGAAGUGAUGGAAACACUGCAAGAAAGCAACAACCAAGGAGAAAAAGAAGUUGCGACGACAUGACAUCCACAGGUGAGGAUGAAAAAAUAGCUAAUUUCAAGUCCGGCGAAGAGGGUGCAACCGUUGUGGGAACUCCAGUAGGAACUCUGCCUUCAACUAUUGUAACAUCAAAUGCCAUAACUACUUUUCCUCCUGCAUCAGGUGCGGAGGUGUCAAAGCAUGAGGGAGUGCCUUCUGAUCUCUGGGUGAAGAGCGAACGGGAGCUGAAACGUGAGAGAAGGAAACAGUCUAACAGAGAAUCAGCUCGAAGGUCAAGGUUGAGGAAGCAGGCUGAGACUGAAGAACUGGCAACCAAAGUGGAAGCAUUGAAUGUUGAGAACAUGUCUCUUAAAUCUGAAAUCAGCCGAUUGACAGAGAAAUCAGAGAAGCUGAGGCUCGAAAACGCUGCCAUCAUGGAGAAACUGAAAAAUGCACAAUCCAGUAACAUGGUAAUUGAAGAAGCCGCCCAACCAAUCAGUACUGAGAACUUCUUAGCCAGAGUAAACAACAACUCCUCACAACAGGAGAGCGAGGUUCAAGAAAACUCUAAUUCCGGAACCAAACUGCAUCAGCUUUUAGAAUCAAGUCCUAGAACUGACGCUGUCGCUGCAGGCUGAUAAUAAUAACAUCAGGAAUGUUAUGCAGAAUGAGGCUUUGGGUUUAUUUUUCUUCCCCCCCUCUCCUCAACUUGAUUUCUAAUUUUACUAUAAAAGUACAAAAAUUACAAGUGUGGUUUUACUCCUUUUUAACAGUAAUUCAGUAGGGUUCGUAUAGGAAGUGACCGAGAAAAGUGAUGGGUUGAUCGGCUUCGAAGGGGUGUUAUAUAGAGCUUAUUUGACAACGAUGGAACCAUUGUAGGUUAUCUAUAUUUGUAUGUUUACUAGGGUAUGGUUUUGGAUUGUUUUUGUCAUUGCAGAAUAUGAUCUUGUUAACUUAUUAUUAGAUGUACAAUAUGAAGAAGAAAAAUUUGUACCCAAUACAGUUUAUUGGCAUGGUAUGCUAGAUUAAUUUUAUUACUGCCAAA